AUGGUUCGACAGGACCCAACGGAGGUCGGCGACUUGAUCGCCGCCCUCGAAACCGCCAGCAAGCGCACUAAACGCGAGGGCAAAAAGACCUUUUCCUGCAAGAAAUCUACCUUCCCCGUGGCGGGAUCCGAUCACAUCAGCGUCGAUUCGUGGCGGUUCAUGGAUUGGGAGUACAAGCGAAGCGAUCUGCCAACCUACGCCCGCGGACUGUUCACCACUAUACGAAAGGACGGCACGCCCGAGAUCGCAGUACGCGGGUACGACAAGUUCUUCAACGUCGACGAAGUGAACGCUACGAAGUGGAGGAACAUUGAGAACAACACACGCGGACCGUACGAGCUGAGCGUCAAGGAGAACGGAUGUAUCAUUUUCAUUUCGGGGCUGGAGGACGACACGCUCUUGGUGUGCAGUAAGCACUCAACGGGCGUGCGCAGUGACGCGGCGGUCAGCCAUGCGCAGGCGGGUGAGCAGUGGGUGGAGCGUCACCUCGCGGCGACGGGCCGAUCUGUCAAGGACCUGGCGCGCGAGCUGCGGAGCAUGAAUGCGACGGCGGUGGGGGAGCUGUGCGAUGACCAGUUCGAGGAACACGUCCUGGCGUACGACGAGAAUGCCGCGGGUAUCUAUCUCCACGGGCUGAACUACAACGUCCCCUACUUUGCGACAUGUUCGGGCGCCGAGGUGCAUGCGUUUGCCGACAAGUGGGGGUUCAAGAAGGCCAAAUACGUCGUGUACGAGGACCUGGACGCGGUCAAAAAGUUCCUGGAGCAGUGUGCCGAGACCGGGUCGUGGGAUGGGCGCGAGACGGAGGGCUUCGUGGUCCGCUGCCAGAUGAACCAGGGGGGCGUGGGCCCGUACAUGGACUGGUUCUUCAAGUACAAGUUCGAAGAGCCGUACCUGAUGUAUCGCCAGUGGCGCGAGUGCACCAAGGCCGUCAUUUCUGGCAAGGUGCCCAACAUCAAGAAGCACAAGAAGAUCACGGAGGAGUAUCUGCAGUAUGCGCGCCGGCAGUUCGCGCAGAACCCCGGUCUCGCCAAGCAGUACCAGCAGAAUCAUGGGAUUAUCGCGCUGCGGGAAGGAUUCCUCCGCGAGAGAGGACUGAAGGGGUCUGAGAUCAUCGCUAUGGCGACGGAAAACGAAGUGACCCGGGACGUGAUUCUCUGUCCGAUUGCGUCUCUUGGCUGCGGAAAGACGACGGUGGCGCUGGCGCUGACGAAGCUGUUCGGAUGGGGCCACAUCCAGAACGACAACAUCCCCAAGCAGAAGAACAAACCGAAGAAGUUCGCCCUGGACAUCACCAUGCAGCUGGCAGACAAGCCGGUGGUGAUUGCGGACCGGAACAACCACAUGAGACGCGAGCGACAGCAGCUCAUGGACGACAUCUUCCCGGUCAUUCCCGCCGCUCGAUUCGUUGCCCUCCAGUACGUUCACGAGCCGAAGGGCGUGUUGCUUCCUGGCAUUCGAGAGGUGACCAGGAAGCGGGUUUUGGACCGCGGCGAUAAUCACCAGACGAUUCGCGCGGGCAGCAAGGACUCGUCGGAGAUCAUUGGCAUUAUGGAAGGCUUCCUCAAUCGGUUCGAGGCAGUGGACACUGACCGCGAGCCGGACAAGAGCUUCGACGAGGUCAUCGAUCUCGACGUCGCGGCGUCUUCUCGCGAGAAUCUCGAAAAGGUCGUGACCGCGCUGCACUCGUUCUACCCGGAGGUGGUCAAACAGGUACCCUCGGCUCAGGAGCUCGACGACGCGAUCGAAUGGGCCAUGUCUGAAUACGAGGUGCAACUCGACCUUAGCCACCAGUACAGUUCCAAGCAGAACCAGAAGCAGAAGAACAAAGGCAACAAGGACCAUGGCGGGCCUCCGCAGGCCCCGCCUAGCCCGGAGGUUCUGGCAAAGAACAUUGAAUAUUUCUGCAUCUCUCUACCGGCCGCCGAGGUGUCCUCCGUCCUUCACUCUUUGUUUCCCCCCUCGACAGCCCCGGAAAAGGCGCGUCUGUAUCACCAGCUGGUCAACUCGCGCCGCGUCCAGCCCACCUUCCACGUCACUCUCAUCCACCGCGCCUCGAAGAAAGACCAGCCGGAGGUGUGGGAGCAAUACGUCCGCCUGUACAUCGAGAAGAUGCACCAGAAGCCUGAGUCCGAUCCCACGGUGACACCCGUGUUGGCGCCGGCGCGGGUGCGUCUGGAGCGUCUUGUCUGGGACGACCGGCUGAUGACAUUCGUCGCGCGCAUCAUGCCGCCAGAGGACCAGGACCAGGCCGACUGGCCCUGCGCGAACGCCCUCCCGCAUGUCACCGUUGGCACGGUGUCUCCGGACGUCAAGCCAAAGGAGAGCAACGACCUGCUCCAGCGGUGGUUGGAAAACGGAUCCGGCGCGGACAAAGGAAUCUGGGAGGCGGAGAUCCCAGGCGUCAAGGUGGUGUCCGGGUCUGUGGGACUGGUGAUGAGUCGGCGGUGA